CUAAUAGUAGUGUUAUGCAGUGAAAACGGUUGAAAAUACUAUGAUAAUAGCUUAACAAGAUGCAUCGACUAAGUUAUCUUUAGUUAUAUUUACCAGUUUAAAGAUACACAGUUUUUUAUAGAAAGCAAGUUGAGCAAUACUACCAUUCAUUUCAUGCGGUAUUUAUGAAACUAAACGACGCCCGUGUCGUGUUCAUAUUUGCAUCUAGACCUAUGGAAUGCUGCGGGUUGUCUUGCUUCUUUUCUCCCGCGCUGAGCCCAAUGUUAAUGGUAGAUCCUCGCGCUAAUAUUAUUACAAGCUGUUUGCCUAACGGAAUAUGAAACUUAGAAGGGAUUAUUGCCAUAUAUGCAUUGAUCGUAUGUCAUAAACAUUUUGAUGGUGUAGACAUUGGCGUUGUAGAUUAAUCUUGUGGGCAUCUCGCAUUGACUCGUUGUGCACAUACGGAUAACGUAUGGUCGGAAAGAUAUCGCGAUGUGUGUGCGUAAAGACACGGAAUGUAUAUAUAUAUGCUCAUACUUAAUAAUUGGAAUGUGAAAGAAACGCAUAUUUUUGGUGGAAAUUUAAUAAAUAUAUACACACGAUUAGAAACAUGGAUCGUUGCACGUUAGUUAAUAAACGAACUUUUAUUUUUCGUGAUUAGAUGAUAGAUUUCCAGAGUAAUUGUAUACUGCCGAGUACUGUACUAUACUGUACGAUGGAUAUAUUUUAACAGAUUUAGAAUGGAGCCAAAUCCCAAAGCAUUCCUAAUGUUUAAUGUGUUUCCUGACUGUAUGAUAUAAUUGAUCUACCGGUAAUCAAAAUGUGAUACGAUAGAUGGAUUUCACUGCUUUGAAUGGCAAUGUCACUUUGGAAGACAGUUUGCAAGAGCUUUCACGAAAACCUGUUAUCAAAUAUAACGAGUUAUCAAAUAUAACGAGCUAUCAAACAUAACGUGCUUUUUUGCAAGUGACUGUCAUUACGCACGUGCGAUGUUUCGUUCAGACUCACUUUGUCUACCACGUGGAUUUCAGAUUGACGAUGACUCCAAGAAAACAGUCCGUGUGGACGACUGUGGAAUGUCAACCAUCCUUCAGCCGACUGCAAUGCUGCGGCGCGAGGUGGCGCUUCAUGAGGCCUGCAAGAACAAUAAGCCGGACGCAGUAGAGAAGAUCUUGCAAGACAAGAUUGACAUAAACUGUAAGAACAAUCUUGACCGCACGCCUCUCCACUGGGCAUGCGCAAAGGGUCAUAUGCCAAUCGUGGAAAUUCUUGUCGAGCAUGGAGCUGAUCUCGAGGCCAAAGAUAAGUACGGGAUGCGACCGGUGCUAUGGGCAGCCCUCUAUGGACAUAUAGACGUCCUGCGCUUCCUGGUGAACGCCGGCGCGGUGGUUUCGUGCACAAAUAGGCAAGGUAUGGGGCUGCUGCACUGCGCCACACAGAACAACCACAUCCACGUGAUGAACUUCAUCUGCGGCACGCUCGAGAACGUGGAUAUCAAUGUUGCAGAGAAGAACGACAAGACUUCCAUUCACAUUGCCGCCGAGGAGGGCCACCUAGACGCCGUCAUGCGUCUGAUAGACCUCCGAUGUGACAUCAAUAAACGAGAUUGUGACUGCAGCUCGGCCGUGCAUGUGGCUGCGAGGCACGGGCAUCACGAAGUGGUCAAGCGUCUGCUCAUGGUCGGCGUGCACGUGGACGAAAGAGACGCAGAAGGUCGCACAGCGCUCCACUUAGCGGCCGAGUCAGGUCACGUCGACACCGUGGAGGUGCUGGCAGACUUUAACGCGGGUCAGGACGCGGAAACCAUCAAGGAGACCACGCCUUUGCACUGUGCAGCAUCAAGGGGCCACAUGGACGUGUGUAAACUGCUCAUCAAAUACGGUGCUAAUAUCAACUCACAGAACCAUCAAGGUAACACAGCAUUACAUCUGGCGGUGAUGGGCGACUUCCGGGAUCUCACGGAGCUCUUCGUUGAGGCCAAGGCUGAAAUAGAUCUCCCCAAUCACAGGCUGCAGACGCCGCUGCACGUGGCGAUAGAGAGUGGCUUCCAGGAUGUCGUCGAGGUGCUGUUACUAGGCAGCGCGAGCCUCACCGCCAGAGAAAAGACCGGAAAGACUGCGCUGCACCUGGCUGCAAGGGGGAGCUACGUAACUAUAGUUGACAUGAUCAUAAAGGCGGAGAGAUACUUCUCCAUGCAUCGGGAAUACCACGAGAACGACCUUGACUGCCGAGACCCCCACCGCUACCUGCGUCACCCCGGCCACCCCUCGUGGCCCCAGAUUAAGGGGCAGAUGUGGACGCUUGCCACGCGCCAUCUGAAGCCCCAAGACUGGAAAAGGCUCGCUUUGCACUGGAAGUUCACACCGGACCACAUUCGGUCUAUUGAACACCAGUACACUGGUAACCAUAGCUACAAGGAGCACGGUUACCGUCUGCUGCUCAUAUGGUUGCACGGCGUCCGGAAGGACGAGAACGCCACACGCCUGCUGUUUGAGGCACUGGUCGCCAUCGACAGACGCUCCCUCGCAGAGCAGAUACGGCGGAGGACGAACAACGAGCCGGAGAAGCCGUGCUUCAAAACGCUAUGUGGUAUCAUCUGAAGCCCCCGCAUUUAAAAACAACGCACUGCUUCAAUUGUUACACCAUUGAUCAGAAAGCGAGGCAUAUUACAUCUAGAUAAAGACAGCACAGGCUAAUCUGGGACGACACUUUACGCACAGGCAUUUAACCCCGUUUUUUCCAGAGCGCGGUUGAUUUUGAGAAUUGGAAAUCCAGAAACCAUUGAGACAGACCAUUGUUUAUGGAAUUUAAUAAGUCAGAUACGAUCCAAGGUCUGUGUAACAUAGACAUGUGAAGGAUGAAUUUGCACGAGUGUUAUUUUGAAGUCGAUGGGAAAAGGACUAUGUCGACUGGGUUUGGACACAAAGAUGUGCUUAAAGGGGAGACAAACAUUUAAAAUAGACAUAUACGUAUAAACACAACUAGAGGACCUUUAAAACCAAAUUAAUUUAUAAAACCCUUUCUUUACUUCACAUACUAACAUGUCAAUCAACAGUAUGCAUUGGGGUGAAUUCCGUUAUGAUCCCAUUUUGUUCCUCGGUGUCUAUGAACAAUGCUGGUGAUUUUUCAUUUAUGCUCAAUGUCUUUGCUUGCGCAGAAUAGUCAGAACCUUCACAGUCACCCAUUACAGACCACACGAUUGGUAGGCAACAUUUUUUAAAUAGAUCACUUUUACUUAUCAAGACAGUGGAUCAUCUUCCUUAAUCAUACUGAAACUGGAUUUUAUUGUAUUGCUAUCCCCGGUAGUUUCUAGUCACACCCAUUUAAAUAAUGUUUACAUUGACUGGAAUAUGUAAGCAAAAUGGUUGAACUGAAUGACACUUAGUCUGUUUCAAUUAAUUGAUAUUGUAUUGGUAUGUUGUAUUUUAUAAUAAUUUGUUAUAAAUGUUCAUGUUAUGUGAAACUUGUAAAAUAAAUUUAUCAGACAA